GUUUCUUCUUAUUUAAUUUCUGCAGUUAUUUUAUCCUAAUUUAAAAAUGCUUAAUGAAAUGAAGUAAAUUGUCCAUUCAAUUUAUAUAUAUCUAAAGAAUUAGGGCGAGAUGUAUGAAUGAAGUAAAUUGUCCAUUCAAUCUAUAUAUAUCUAAAGAUGGGAAAAUCCUGGUUUAGCUGUGAAGAAAUUGGUGAAUGAACAUAAGUGCUAUAGGCAUUAUUCCUUAUCUACCGCGUUCGCAAGCUGGCUUCCCAAUAUUUUAAGGAUAGAAUCUAUCAAUGCCCGAAGUAUACUGCUAAGAUGAUGAAGCAUGAUGCUGAAAAGGAGUUGACGAUCAAUUUAGCUAGUGACAAAUGUAAAAGGGCUAAAAGACUUGUUAUUUAAAGCGGAGCUAGUUUAGCUACCCGCAGCUUAUGCUGAUUCACUUAAAAGAAGUAAUCCGGGCACAAAGGCAGAGAUUGAUUUGGAUAAAGAAACUUUGAAAGAAGGAAGAAGAGUAUUUGGAAGGAUGUUUAUAUGCUUUGAAUCUUGCAAAAGGAAUUGGUUGAAUGGAUAUAGACCUUUAACAGGACUUGACGGGUGUUUCUUAAAAAGAGUUACUAAACAUCAACUAUUAAUAGCCAUUGGUGUUGAUGGCAAUGAUCAGAUGGUCCCGUGAUUACGAUGUAGGUAUCUUCCACCUUCUUUCUUGGAGGUUGCCAAGAGACACCUUAACAUGGAGGCACCUUCAUGGAAGGAGCUCUCCAACAAAUAGGUGUGGGAGAAGAUAUGGAGAUAACUAGGAAGCUUGGAUGCAACUUCCUCAUGUCUCCAAACCAGCCCUAUAAAUAGAGUGUUCUAUUGUUGUUCAUAUCAUCAGUUUAGAAAGUGAGAAAAGUGUGUGAAGAGUGAAAUACACUUAGAGUAGAAGUGUAUUGGUGAGGAUUGGCUUUUUGUAAUAGUUGAGUGUGAGAGUUUGCUCCUCCUAUUGUAAUUCUGUUCUUGAUAUUGAAUAGAAGAAUUUUCCAAUCCCAUCAAGUGGUAUCAGAGCGAGGUUGAGUUUUCAUACACUGUUUUCUCAUUUUCAGAUAAAUUUCUACAGGUUAGAAAAUCGUGAUUUUUCAAGUUGCUCGGAAUCACGAUCUGAUCAUACCAUUAGAUUCGUCUCGUCGAGACGAGAAAUCUGGUAUUUCUUGGGAAUUUUUUGGCCACCGGAAGAGGCCGUACGCGCCGCCCAAACGCGCCGGAAAACUGCCUGCGUCAUCAUUGCGUCAUCACGCAGUCCAGAGGAAGAAGACGAGCCACGUCAGCCGCCACGGCAGCGCCACGUCAGCCCAAGUAAGCGCCACGUCAUCCGCCACGUCAUCCGUGCAAGCCAUCUCUAGGUGCCACGUCAGCGCCACGUCAGCGCCACGUCAGCGACACGUGGCGCCACGUCAGCGCCAGCGCAGAGCCAGCUGUUGCCACGUCAUCCGCCUGCUGGUCUGCUCACUGGGCUGCUGCCUGAACCGGACCGAACCGGUUCGUACUUGUGGAGGCCGGUUCACCCAUUUUCGGACCGGUUUUGGACAAGGUCAGACCGGUUCCUACCAUUUUCGGCCAUUCCGGAUCCAACGGUGAGCUCCGUUUGUCCAAAUUCGGCUCCGAAAAUAAGGUACGAGAUAUUUUGAGCGUUUUAUUAUGGAUAAAUCAUCAUCGGACACCAUGAUUGCGCUCACUUCCACAAAUUACAAUAUGUGGAAGCCUCGGAUGGAGGAUUUGCUAAAUUUGAGGGAUUUAGCUGAUCCUCUUGAUAAUAAUGGCGUGAAACCGGAUAAAAAGACGGAUGAAGAAUGGACAAAAAUGAAUAGAAAAACUGUCGCACAAAUUCGACAGUGGAUUGAUCAUAGUGUGUUCCACCAUGUUGCGCAAGAACAAAGUGCUUACACACUAUGGGAGAAGCUUGGUAGCAUGUAUCAAGCAAAAACCGCACGAAAUAAGACUUUACUAAUGAGGCGAUUAGUAAACCACAAAUUACGAGGAGGUAUUUCGGUGUCAGAACACACCAGUCAAUUCCAGGAUCUUGUGAAUCAGUUGAGCACCACCGGAUGGGUUCUCAAAGAUGAAGAACAGGCGAUACUACUCUUGAGCUCUCUACCUGACAGCUGGGAGACUCUUGUUGUCACUCUCAGCAAUUCUGCUCCCAAUGGCAAAGUGACUAUGCAGAUGGUCACAGAUGCCCUUAUGAAUGAAGAAGCCCGAAGAAAAGAAGCCGGGACUGAACAAUCAUAUGCCUUCGUGUCAGAAACCAGCAGACGAGGGGGAGGCAGAAAUGGAGGAAGAACUCGAGGUCGAGGUAGAGGCCAAGGUCAAAACAGAGGAAAUUCUCAAGUUCGCGGCAGAUCACAAGAGAGAGGUAUGUCCUUUGAAAACAGUACUUGGUUUGAAGGAUAUUGCAAUUACUGUAGUAAUUAUGGGCACAGAAAAAGAGAUUGUAGAAAGUUUCUACGAGAGCAGCCACAGACGAGUCAAAAUACUAGCCAAGAUGAUGGUGAGACCAUGGUUAGUUUGUCAUCAGACGUGUGUCUUGUUACACAUGGUGAACAAGAAUGUUUACACGUAGGUACUCAUGAUGUUGAGUGGGUGAUUGAUACAGCCGCAUCAUUUCAUGCCACUCCACACCAGAAUUUAUUCACAUCUUAUAAGUCCGGGGACUUUGGAGCUGUGAAGAUGGGAAACACCAGUUUCUCGAAGAUUGUUGGCAUUGGUGAUGUGCACAUAACAACCAAUGUCGGAUGCGCACUUGUGUUGAAAGAUGUUCGACAUGUUCCGGAUCUUAGAUUGAAUCUUAUCUCCGGUACAGCUCUGGAUCAGCAAGGACAUCUUAACCGAUUCAAAGAAGGUACGUGGAAGUUAUCUAAAGGUUCCUUGGUUGUUGCAAGAGGCCAUAUUUGUGGUACUCUUUAUAAAACUCAUGCAAAGUUGUGUCAUCCAAGUCUUAAUGCUGUUGAAGAAGAGAUAUCACCAAACUUGUGGCACCGGAGGCUAGGCCACUUGAGCGUGAAGGGAUUGACAACUCUUGCAAAGAAGGAAGUCAUUUCCAUGGGCAAAGGUGUUGCCCUAGAUCCAUGCGAACACUGUCUAUUCGGGAAACAACACAAGGUUUCCUUCAGUUCUACCAGGAAGAACCAUUCAGAGUUACUCAGUCUUGUACACUCUGAUGUAUGCGGACCCAUUGAAGAGGAGUCACUUGGAGGAAGCAGAUAUUUCGUGACAUUCAUUGAUGAUGCAUCACGAAAGGUAUGGGCUUAUUGUUUGAAGAGUAAGGAUCAAGUGUUUGAUCGCUUCAAAUUAUUUCAUGCGAUGGUAGAAAGAGAAACAGGGAAGAAGCUGAAGUGCCUGCGUUCAGACAAUGGAGGAGAGUACACUUCUCGGGAGUUCUCAGCAUAUUGCGCAGCAUAUGGAAUCAGACAUGAGAAGACGGUUCCACGAACUCCACAGCACAAUGGUGUAGCCGAAAGAAUGAAUCGGACCAUUAUGGAGAAAGUUCGCUGCAUGCUGAGUAUGGCUAAACUACCUAAGCCAUUCUGGGGUGAAGCUUUGCUGACAGCUUGUUAUCUUAUAAACAGGUCACCUUCUGUUCCUUUAAACUUUGAAGUGCCAGAGAAGAAAUGGUCAAGAAGAGAUGUUUCUUACUCUCACUUAAAAGUGUUCGGGUGCAAGGCAUUUGCACAUGUGUCCAAGGAGUUGAGACAGAAGCUGGAUCUCAAGUCAAACCCAUGCAUCUUCAUCGGGUAUGGUGAUGAAGAAUUCGGAUACCGGUUGUGGGAUCCCGAAGUGAAGAAAGUUGUACGAAGCAGAGAUGUUGUAUUUCAUGAAAACGAGUUUCAUGGGUGUGUUCCAAUAAUCCGCCAACAACAUACUCCAGAAGACGAAGUGCAUGUAUCAUCAAACAUUCCUCUCAGCGACGAGGAGAUGCAUGAUACUACUGAACAAGAGAGUGAUGGUUCAGUAGGUGAUGAUGAUACUCACAGUGAUGAUAUUCCUCAGCAGGGGGAGCCUUCAUCUGAAGACGAAGCUGAAGGUAUUCAUGUUCGACGUUCUAUGCGAGGCAUAGUUCCACAGAGAAAGUAUUCCACAUCCGAAUGGAUACUUGUUAGCGAGGGGGAGCCUGCGAGCAUUGCAGGAACGAGAGAAAUAAAGAAAAAGGUGGAGGGGGAGAUUUGUAGGUAUCUUCCACCUUCUUUCUUGGAGGUUGCCAAGAGACACCUUAACAUGGAGGCACCUUCAUGGAAGGAGCUCUCCAACAAAUAGGUGUGGGAGAAGAUAUGGAGAUAACUAGGAAGCUUGGAUGCAACUUCCUCAUGUCUCCAAACCAGCCCUAUAAAUAGAGUGUUCUAUUGUUGUUCAUAUCAUCAGUUUAGAAAGUGAGAAAAGUGUGUGAAGAGUGAAAUACACUUAGAGUAGAAGUGUAUUGGUGAGGAUUGGCUUUUUGUAAUAGUUGAGUGUGAGAGUUUGCUCCUCCUAUUGUAAUUCUGUUCUUGAUAUUGAAUAGAAGAAUUUUCCAAUCCCAUCAUACGAGAAGACAACUUGAAGCACAUCGAGAUAAAGUUGGGAAUCAACAGGGUGGAUCGGGAGACAUUUUGCAAGGAUAACAUAUUGUGGAGGCUGAAUGUUUUCUUUAACAUUAACCAAACAUUUUUUGCAUUAACAUAUAGGAGUUAUUCUUAUUUUGCUUGAAGCUGCUGUUACUUUGAUGUUCUUAAGUUGGGUGCUCUGAAGAUGAUGUUUUUUACCGAAGUUGGAUGCUCUGAAGUUGGCCUUUUGCUGCUAUGUUAUUUCUUAUGUAUAAUUUUCUGUUUAUAAAAUAAGUAGUGAUUUUUUUAUGAUUGUAG